AUAUUUAAUAUUAAUCAAUUAAAACAAACUACUACACGUUAUUAUGGCGCAAAGCAGGCUUGAGAAAAUCGGGACCAUCUUUACUAGAGUUCAGGGUCUGCUCCGUGGGGGCGCAAUGAAAACGGAGGAUAAACCCAUCUGGUAUGACGUCUACGCCGCCUAUCCACCCAAGGCAGAGCCCCGAUACGACAGGCCUGCUCCCGAGGUGCCGGUACGCAACAUAUUCUAUGCCGAAGAUGUAGUCAGAGCGAAGCUCCACAAGCAGAACAGACCCAAUGAAACGAUAUCCCUGUUCGACAACAAACGGAGCACGCAGUCGCAGCAGUUUAUGAAGAUCUACGAAAACCUAAAGUCGCAGGGAGCCCUCGAUGAGCAGAGAAUAUACGAGACGGCAUUGGACUUGUUGGCGGAGCAGCGGCAGCAGUCCCGGCUGGACGCCUCCUCGGAGGAGCCUGCUGUGGCAGGCAUCGAGCUUAACGUGGAGACGAAAAGCCAGCUAAUGAGCGACUUCAUGGAGGCUGGCGGGCAGCAAGCCAAGUCCUCAAGCCCGCCCAAGGAACGGAAAAAGGACAGCGGCGUGGGAAUAAACAUAGACAGCUUGUUCAAGGAUUAGUCGAAAUGGUUUAUAAACUAAGAAUAUAUGUA